CUAAAAUUUUUGGAAUUAACCACAUGCCAAAAUUCAUGCAUCCCUUCAUUGAAGAUAUCAUCAACGUGGACGGCGACGGCUAUUGUGGUUACCGUGCCGUUGCAUUGGCUCAGAGAGGCAACGAAGAUGAUUUUGAACUGAUACGGUGCAACAUGAGCAGGGAGUUGCGAUUGAAUAAGGAUAUGUAUGUUGCUAUAUUUGGUUGCGAGGAGCGUUACCAAUAUAUCUGUGAUGCACUACUCCCACCCCCGAGGACGAGACAACGUACUAGUAUUAGGAAUAGUGUUGCACCGAUGGAUAAAUGGUUCACGUUGCCGGAUAUGGGACAUAUCGUGGCCACCAUAUUGGAUAGAGUAGUUGUUCAGCUCUCCAUACUUCAAAAUGGGCCUUGUGAAACUUUUUUCCCAUUGCGUUCCAUUCCGUCACCAAACCCGUCUUCAAGGGUUAUUUGCCUUGGCGCGUUACCGGAUCACUAUGUUUUGGUAAAGCUUAAAGUUGGGUGUCCGAUACCCAAAUCAAACAAGUCGUGGAAGCAAUAUUGUGCUAAACAAAGUUUGGGUUGGGAAGAUUCAUUCAUAGCUGCGCAACAUAGGUUCGAGGAGAUGAUGAGCACCGAGAACGUUGUCCCCAUCCAAAUAGUUGGUGCAGGCAGUAGAGAAACUCCGUUGGUGAUUGACUGAUCAUUUGGCCUAUUUUAAUGUAUUUUACGUUGUUAUAUAUUUUGAUGUAAAGAACAUCCAUUUUGUAAUGAUAUGAAUCGAGAUGUAAUGACAUCCAUUUUGUAAUGAAAUAUAUUGAAGUGAUUUGGUGUUGUGUAAUUGUUUGUGUCAAUAUAAUGAUAUUGGUUGAAGUAAUCUUGAUGUUGUGUAAUUGUAUGAAUAAUUUUUCCAAUAUGAAUGUGUCUGGAUGAACAGCAUUAACAGUGGAUUUCGCGUGGAUGUCAUUCCAUGGAAGG